GUGGGAAAGCCGAAGGAAAGAGGGAUUGAGGGAGGAAGGGAGAGGCGAGGGGGAGUAAUAUAGGGGAGCGGAAGGUGUUGACGGCCUGCAUGCGGAAGUAGAGAAGGAGAGCCAUCGAAUUGCUCGCCGGAUAUCUCCCAACCACGACACGUUCUCCGAGUUCGUUAAGCUGCCUUUCGUGCGACGUAAUCCGAUCCUAACCUCUUCCUUUGUUUUGUGGGUCCGACCCGUGUGGAAGUAUGGGUAAGAUCUGCCCCAUCGUGCAUCGACAACACUCGUGUUGCUGUCGUGUUUUUGUUUUGUUUUGUUUCUGUUUCUGUUUUCAGCUCACAAUGUGGAGGAAGGUAGCCAAUAGCAGACAAGCCAGCGCUCUGUUGCCACCGCCGCCAUUGGUUUCUCCGUCGCGCGGAGCAGUGGACGAGGUGGCGAGGAGGAGUAGAGCGACGUAGCUUCCCGAGAUGCAGAGCGCGGCAGCCGUUGCCCCUCUCUCUCCUACCCCCGCCUCUUGCCUCCUCGUCCGUGGCCUUCUCGGGAGAUCCCUCCGCCUUGCCGCCGCCGCUCCCUUCUGUGCCGCAUCCUUCCAGAUCCAUGCCCGCUCUACUGGUCGGUGUCACGGCAGCGGGGCCUCUUGGGUCUCCGCCCCGUUUCUCGCGUCGGACUGGGAACAGAGGAGGCGGGAGAAGGGGGUUCUCACUGUCCGGGCGAGCUCCGUCCCCGAAAGCACCGGCGGGGGCUCUGACAAGGAGGCUGCCCCCGGAGGAGACCUUCUUCAGACGCUGCUGCUUGGGUCCUUGUUCGGCCUCUGGUACCUCUUCAACAUCUACUUCAACAUAUAUAACAAGCAGGUUCUUAAGGUUUUUCAAUUCCCACUAACCAUCACGCUGCUUCAGUUUUCCAUUGGAACAUUCCUUGUCCUAUUUAUGUGGACCACUAAUCUUUACAAGCGUCCUAAGAUUUCUCCUAUGCAGCUCGCCGCAAUCUUACCAUUGGCUCUUGUUCACACAAUGGGCAACCUAUUCACUAACAUGAGUCUUGGGAGAGUUUCUGUUUCAUUCACGCACACAAUAAAAGCCAUGGAGCCUUUUUUCUCAGUACUCCUUUCCGCCCUGUUCUUAGGAGAGGUGCCUACUAUCUGGGUUAUACUGUCUCUAAUGCCAAUUGUUGGUGGUGUAGCCUUGGCAUCAUUGACUGAAGCUUCUUUUAAUUGGGCUGGAUUUUGGAGUGCAAUGGCUUCCAACCUGACAUUCCAAUCCCGCAAUGUUCUCAGCAAGAAAGUCAUGGUUAAGAAAGAGGAAUCUCUAGACAACAUCAAUCUGUUCUCAAUAAUAACAAUCAUGUCAUUUUUCCUACUAGCACCUGUGACUCUGUUUGUUGAAGGCAUCAAGAUUACUCCUACGUAUUUGGAGUCUGCUGGUCUGAAUCUUAAACAGAUAUACUUGAGAUCACUCAUUGCUGGUCUGUGUUUUCAUGCAUAUCAACAGGUUUCCUACAUGAUAUUGUCAAGGGUAUCACCUGUAACCCACUCUGUUGGUAACUGUGUGAAGAGGGUGGUAGUCAUUGUGACCUCAGUACUCUUUUUCAGGACACCAGUUUCUCCCAUCAACGCUCUUGGAACUGGCGUGGCACUUGGUGGAGUUUUCCUGUACUCAAGGGUGAAGAGAAUCAAGCCAAAAUCUACAUGAGUUGCCUUUUUGUCUCUCUUUUAAGUCCAAUCUGAUGUUGAUGAAAAUUUUGUGGGCUGUUCAGGUGAUGAGAUGAUUGUGUUAAUAGCUCUAGGUGUUCUUCUAGCACUGGCAACAGUGAUCCUCUAGCAUAAUUUGUUUGAUUUUGCCACUAGCUGAGACAGAUAUCGUAGCUUUCUUUAAUUUAGAGAGUAAUGGUUGUUCUUUCCUCGAACUAUUAGAUCUGAUAUCUUUGCUGCUAGUUUUUUCA